AUGGCUGCUACUCGAACAGUGCCCGGCGCAGCUCCCAGCGGCCCGCUCACCAAGGCCCAGCGCAAAGCUGCCGCGCAGCAGUCUGCGGCCGCUCCCCUUGCCGCUCAGAAGGGCGACCCCACCGCUGUCAACGUCGAGGUCAAGCCUAAGGACGAGGGUUCCAGCGGACGCCCCGACAAGAAGGCGUACGAUGACGAGCAAAACGAGCUGCGAAGCCAGAUCGACGCCUUGCAGGCCAAGGCGAACGACCUUCGCAACAAGAUUUCGUCGACUUCGGUUCGUGGCGGACCCGACCACGAGCGCAAGCUCGCGAUUCGCAAGGAGAUGGACGAGUUGAGGGCUGAGCAGGCCAAGGGCAAGGGUGGACGGGAGAAGACGCUCGAGAAGCUGAAGCAGAUGCAGGAUGCUCUCAAGCGCAAGAUCGACGACAUGACUUCUGCUCGGUCCAAGGUCCCCUACAAGACUGUCCAGGACGUCGACAACCAGAUCAAGUCCCUCGAGCGCCAGGUCGAGUCCGGCUCGAUGAAGCUCGUCGACGAGAAGAAGGCUCUCUCGGAGAUCUCGUCCCUCCGCAAGUCGCGCAAGGUCGUCGAGUCGUUCGCCGCUCAGCAGGCCGCGAUCGAUGCCGACAAGGCCAAGAUCGACGAGGUUCGCAAGGAGCUCGACGACCCCGAGCAGAAGGCCGUCAGCAAGAAGAUGGGCGAGUUGCGGAAGGAGCUUGACGAGAUCAACAAGAAGUUUGACGAGAUCAGCAAGAACCGCGACGGCUUGUUCGAGGAGCGGAAUGCGAUCUCGAAGCAGCUUGACGAGCUUUUCGACAAGAAGAAGGCGUCGACUAUGGGAUGGCGUGAGGCGAACAACAAGUACUACAAGAAGAUCGAGGAGGACCGACAAAAGCGCGACGAGCGCCGCAAGGCCGAGCGCAAGGCGGCCGAGGACUCGAAGCGCGCCGAGAUCAACCAACGCUUGCUCGAGGAGGCGCAGGCGCCUGCCUUUGAGCGCGAGAUCGAGGACUGCAAGACGCUCAUCCGCUUCUUCCAGCAACGCAUCGGUCUCGCCCCGGCAGACGGUGCUGGCGCGAACGGCGGCAGCCUGUUCAACCGCCCGAAGGUUGCAGGUGUUCCCGACCUCGAGAUCCGUAAGGUCGACGCUGGCGACAUGCCGAAGGGCACGGUGCUCAAGAAGAAGGGCGAGCAGGAGGAGGAGUCGUGGGGCGGCCUCGCCAAGUCAAAGGGCAAGAAGGGCCGCAACGCCGCUCCCGCCGCCAAGGAGGAGUCGGCUGCGCCGGCAGCUGGCGACGAGAAGCUCAACUUGCCCUUCGGCACCCUCACCGCGCUCAUGACCCUCGGCAUCACCGCGCCUCUCACAACCGGCGAGGUCCAGAAGACCAUCGACAGCCUCCAGCUGAAGAUGAAAUACUUCACCGACAACCAGGACCGCGUCACCAAGGAGCGCAUUGCCGCCGUAGAGGCCAAGAUCGCCAAGGCCGCUUCUUCGUCCGGCUCCGCCGAAGUCGACGCCGUUGCCUCGACCGACGCUACCGCGAGCGAGGAGAAGAUCAAGGAUGCCCAGCCUCAGCCGAUCGAGGAGAACGGUUCGAAGGAAGAGGCUGUUAAGAACGCCGAGGGCGAGACGGAGGUCACGGCGGACGCUGCCACUGAGGAUGCGAAGGAGGACGCCUAG